CUCUCCUCCCCAGCCCGGCUCACAUCUCCCCGCCAGCGCUCUGCCGCUCCACAGACACCCGAUCCCGCUGCCCCCGCUGGCCCCAGAGCCUCCCCUCUGCGCUCUCACCCCGAGCUGGGAGGGGUGGGGGGAGAGGAUCUGCCUCCCUGCCCCCGCUAGAUACCCUGACCGGAGUCCCGUCCCGGAGGAGCCUCACCGCAGAGAGCCGGCAGCCCAGUGGGCUCGUGGAGUUGGGAAAUGCAGGAGAGUUGAGGAGAUGCUCGUAGUCGGAGCCUUGCUGACCGCCACUCGUUCCUCGUCGACGCGCGGAUUCCGGCCGGAGGAUCGGUCUGUGAACAUCGUAACCCAUGGACAGCUGGGCUCUGGAUCGUAGCUGAUAUCUCCGACCGCGUUUUAAUUGGGCGGACAUCGAGACUUUUCUUUCUUGGGUUUUAAUUGGUACAAAAAUGACGACCUCAUCCAUAAGGAGACAGAUGAAGAACAUCGUCAACAAUUACUCCGAGGCGGAGAUAAAGGUGCGGGAGGCCACCUCCAACGACCCGUGGGGUCCCUCCAGCUCCCUGAUGACGGAGAUCGCCGACUUGACGUACAACGUGGUGGCCUUUUCAGAGAUAAUGAGCAUGAUCUGGAAGAGGCUGAACGACCACGGGAAGAACUGGAGGCACGUUUACAAAGCGCUGACUUUGUUGGAUUAUCUCAUCAAGACGGGCUCGGAGCGGGUGUCCCACCAGUGCAAGGAGAACAUUUUCGCCAUACAGACGCUGAAGGACUUCCAGUACAUCGACCGCGACGGCAAGGACCAGGGCAUCAACGUGCGGGAGAAAUCGAAGCAGCUGGUGGGUCUCCUGAAGGAUGACGAGAGGCUGAAGGGCGAGAGGGCCCAGGCUCUCAAAACCAAAGAGAGAAUGGCCCAGGUGGCCACCGGGGUGGGGAGCAACAACCAGAUCUCGUUUGGCCGAGGAUCUAGCCAACCCAACCUGUCCACCAGCUACUCCGAGCAAGACUACGGGAAGUCCGGUGGAUCACCAGCGUCCUAUCAUGGCUCCACGUCUCCGAGGGUCUCUUCCGAGCUGGAGCAGGCCCGGCCUCAGACCAGCGGCGAGGAGGAGCUGCAGCUUCAGCUGGCCCUGGCAAUGAGCCGAGAGGUGGCAGAGCAGGAGGAGCGCAUCCGGCGAGGAGAUGACCUGCGGCUACAAAUGGCCCUCGAGGAAAGCCGAAAAGAUACCAUAAAAGUGCCGAAGAAGAAAGCGCAGAAGACGUCUCUCAUGGACCUCAUAGACGCUCUCCCAGCGGCAGCGGCUUCCGGACCCCAGAAAUCAGAGCCUUGGUUGGCCGGAGCGGCGGCGGCACCAACACCAGCGACGGCAUCUAAUAGCCACCCCGACCCGUGGGGAGCGGCUGCCUCCCCGCCGGCCUCGCUCGACCCCUGGCAGUCUUUCGGAGGUACGAAGACAGCGGCCCCCAAUGAUCCCUGGGGGGCCGACGCCGCGUCAGCCCUGCCGCCGCUUCCAAAAAGCACAGACCCUUGGUCUCCCGCCCCGCCAGCAGGGGGAACAAAUGGCACCGCGGACCCCUGGGGGCCACCUCCUGCCGCCAAGAGCGCUUCAUCUAACGCAGGGGGGGCUUCGUUCGACCCGUUCAGUAACCUCAACGGGGCCGCCAAGGACGACUUCUCGGAAUUCGACAGCCUCCGGACCUCAUCCAAAGUAUCAGCGGAUUCCCUCUCCACGCUCCCGUCCAUGCGCAGCGGGACCACCAGCCCGGAUCUGUUUGAUUCUCAGAACGCAAGCGGCACCAAACCGACGGCGGCUCGUAAGACGCCGGAGUCCUUCCUGGGGCCCAACGCAUCCCUGGUGAACCUGGACACGCUGGUCCACAUGCCCCCGCCGGCCGCCCCCACCUUCAACCCGUUCUUGGCUUCCGGAGCCGCCACAUCGGGAGGAGCGCCGCAGGUCAACCCCUUCCAAGUGAACCAGCCCCAGGCUCUCACACUCAACCAGCUGCGCUCCAGCCCUCUGAUGGGAGCGAGCGCGUCUUUCAACGCGAUGGGGACCGCGCCGGCCGACCCUGCGCCGCCUCUAGCCGCGCCGCUCCUAGGCGUGUCGACGCUGCCGGCCGCGCACCCAGCGGGACUCGGGCUAAACAUGAGCAUGUCCGCCACGUUGCCCCACCACGGCACCGCCAUGCCGCCGACUGCGGCGCAAGCGAUGAACGUCACCAACCCCUUCCUGCUAUGAACGUUGGGAUUUGCUGCGUGGGAAGAGUUCCAGCCGAAGGCCGGGCGACAGAUAAUCCGAGGCAGACACUACAUGCAGACACACCGCUUCGCCAUCUUUUGUUGUUGUUUUUUUUUUGUUCAUAUCUUCACUCCUAAUGACGUUUCUUCCAUCAGCAAAGGGGUACGCCGCGUCCGGUGGCCCUCCGGGGCCGGCGCCGUCCCGCCUCCGCAAAAGGAGUCAGAGCUGGAAGCUUCUCGCCAAAGUCAGAUGCGAUCCUCGGAAGUGUGGGGGAGGGGGUGACGCCGAUGUAGACACAGCCGGACCCUUAAACAUCCAACAAAACAAAAAAAACUCACCCCUCCUGAGCCAAUCCUGGCUCAUCUUUUACACCUUUUUUUGGGGGGGGGAAUGAAAAGCUAUACCUGUUGCUUUGGGGAAAGAAAAGAAAAAAAAACCAGGCUUGUGGGUUUCAGCUGAUUGCAUUGGUUAAGGAAAUGCAAACAUGGACGAUAAAAGCUUAAAAAAAUCCUAA